AUGAGUAUCGAUUGGUCGCUGUCAGAUGCUGUAGCCACUGGUGGGGAGCAAGGACGCGUGGAAGUUUGUUUGUGGGUGCGGACCGGUAGGAGACAGGUCAACAAUGUUCGUUUUUGGGUGUGCUUUCGUCACGAGCUGCUAGAUUAUUUUAGUUCGAAGAGCAGUCGUAUGGUGGCCUCAAUGCCUUCCGCACUGUCUACAAGGUCAUUUGAAUGCGAUUGGUAUAAGGCAGCUCUUCCACCUGUAAUUUGA